AUGACGGUGAGGCAGUAUGCCCCUAAGUUUGUGGAGUUGUUGAGAUUUGCUCUGCAUCUGGUCCAUACCGAGUUGCUAAAAGCUGAAAAGUUUGAACGAGGCUUGAAUCCCAGGAUCAUGGACUCCCUUCUCGCAUUAAAGAUUAGAAAGUUCGCCUACUUUGAAGACCGAGCAGUAAUCCUUGAGGCGAAGCUACGAGUCAGAGCAAGAGAGUUCAACCAGAGAAAGAGGCAGUUCCAAGCUCUUGAUCAGAACAAAGGCAAGAGGCCAAUGUACAACAAUGUACCCAAGCCUCUUCAAAUGAUCAAGUCUCCUCAACGCGGUAUCGUGGCGUCUCAUCCCGCAUGCCAAACCUGUGGCAAGCCUCAUGCCCAGAAAUGCUUGAUGGGGACCAACACUUGCUUUAAGUGUGGUAAGGCGAGUCAUUUGGUACAGGAGUGCCCCAUCCUUGUGGCUCCUAAUGCUCAAGUGCGUAACCCAGGGCGGAAGAACCUGGUACCAGCUCGAGUCUUCGCUCUUACAAUGGACGAUGCUGAUGCUUCUCCUAAUCUGGUGACAGGUAUUCUUCCCCUGUUCUCACAUCGUGCAUUAGUGCUAUUCAAUUCUGGUGCCACGCAUUCAUUUAUAUCCCGGAAGUAUACUUGCUUGAGUGAGAAAGCACCUAAACCCUCAGAAUCCGUGAUGUCUGUUACUUCACCCCAUGGGAAAUCCGUGAAUUGUCACUGUGUUAAAGGGUUGCAUGAUAGAGGUACAAGUGUGGAGCGCUUCAAGAAGGAAGUGGUCUUUAGACCAACAGGCGAGUCAGAGUUAUGUUUCUGUGUUGUGGGUAAGAGUCCUAUGCCGAAGGUGAUCUCUGCAAUAAAGGCCACCACUAUGUUGAGGAAGGGUUGUGCAGAAUUUCUGGCUAGUUUGGUGAUGCCACAACCAAACGAGCCUAAGCUGCAAAAUAUUGAAGUGGUGAAGGAUUUUCCUAAUGUCUUUCUGAAUGAGUUGCCUGGCUUACCUCAGGAGAGGGAGAUUGAAUUCUUUAUAGAUCUCGACCCAAAAACAGCGACCAUUCCUAAAGCGCCAUAUCGGAUGGCCCCUGUAGAGCUCAAGGAGCUCAAGGAUCCAUUGCAAGAGUUACUAGAUAAGGGCUUUAUUCGCCCUAGUGUAUCGCCAUGGGCGCACCAGUUCUCUUUGUAA